GCGGCGCAUGCGCCGGGUGGGCAGCGGGCCGAAGUGGAAGGGGGGACGCGGGGCAGCGCAGGUUCCUGUCUGCGCUGGCUGCGGCCUGCCGCUGAGAGAAGGGGCGGCCCGGGCGUAGGACUAUGGACCCGGCCGAGGCCGUGCUGCAGGAGAAAGCCCUCAAGUUCAUGCCCCGAAUACACAUGCCAAAAGAUGGAUUCCAACUUAUAUCUUCUGGAUACCAAGCAUGGCUAAAGCAGUGCUCUAUGCCCAGAUCUCUGUGGCUGGGCUGCUCCAGCCUGGCGGACAGCAUGCCCUCGCUGCGAUGCCUGUAUAACCCAGGGACUGGCGCACUCCCAGCUUUCCAGAAUUCCUCUGAGAGAGAAGACUGUAAUAAUGAUGAGCCCCCUAGGAAGAUCAUUCCCGAGAAGAAUUCACUUAGACAGACCUACAACAGCUGUGCCAGACUGUGCUUAAACCAGGAAACUGUAUGUCUAGGAAGCACUGCUAUGAAGACUGAAAAUUGUGUGGCCAAAACAAAACUUGCCAAUGGCACUUCCAGUAUGAUCGUGCCCAAGCAAAGAAAACUGUCUGCAAGCUAUGAGAAGGAGAAGGAACUCUGUGUCAAGUAUUUUGAACAGUGGUCUGAGUCUGACCAAGUGGAGUUUGUGGAGCACCUCAUCUCCCAGAUGUGUCACUACCAGCAUGGACAUAUAAACUCAUACCUCAAACCCAUGCUACAGCGGGACUUCAUCACUGCACUGCCAGCUCGGGGAUUGGAUCACAUUGCUGAAAACAUUCUGUCAUACCUGGAUGCCAAAUCGUUGUGUGCUGCUGAGCUGGUGUGCAAAGAGUGGUACCGGGUGACGUCGGAUGGGAUGCUGUGGAAGAAGCUCAUUGAGAGAAUGGUCCGGACAGACUCCCUAUGGAGGGGCUUGUCAGAGAGGAGAGGAUGGGGACAAUAUCUAUUUAAAAAUAAACCUCCUGAUGGGACUGCACCACCCAACUCAUUCUACAGAGCACUUUACCCCAAAAUUAUACAGGACAUAGAGACAAUAGAGUCAAACUGGCGUUGUGGAAGGCACAGUUUACAGAGGAUCCACUGCCGAAGCGAGACAAGCAAAGGGGUUUAUUGUUUACAGUAUGAUGAUCAGAAGAUAGUAAGUGGCCUACGAGACAAUACUAUCAAGAUCUGGGAUAAGAAUACAUUGGAAUGCAAGCGAAUUCUCACUGGACAUACGGGUUCUGUCCUGUGUCUCCAGUACGAUGAACGGGUGAUCAUUACUGGAUCUUCAGACUCAACAGUCAGGGUGUGGGAUGUGAAUGCAGGUGAGAUGCUGAACACACUGAUUCACCACUGCGAAGCAGUACUGCACCUCCGCUUCAAUAACGGCAUGAUGGUGACAUGUUCCAAAGACCGUUCCAUUGCUGUGUGGGACAUGGCUUCACCAACAGACAUCACCCUAAGGAGGGUGCUAGUAGGGCACCGAGCAGCUGUCAACGUGGUGGACUUUGAUGACAAGUACAUUGUAUCAGCAUCAGGUGACAGAACUAUAAAGGUAUGGAACACUAGUACCUGCGAAUUUGUGCGCACCUUAAAUGGCCACAAACGAGGCAUUGCAUGUCUGCAGUACAGAGACAGGCUAGUAGUGAGCGGCUCUUCAGAUAAUACUAUCAGGCUGUGGGACAUCGAGUGUGGGGCAUGUUUACGAGUAUUGGAAGGCCAUGAAGAGUUGGUGAGAUGCAUACGCUUUGACAAGAAGAGGAUAGUCAGUGGGGCGUAUGAUGGGAAAAUUAAAGUAUGGGAUCUUGUGGCUGCUUUGGACCCCCGUGCUCCAGCAGGGACCCUCUGCUUGCGAACCCUUGUGGAGCAUUCUGGAAGAGUCUUUCGGCUUCAAUUUGAUGAGUUCCAGAUCGUCAGCAGCUCACACGAUGACACCAUCCUCAUCUGGGAUUUUCUGAAUGACCCAGCUGCCCAAGCAGAAUCCACUCGUUCCCCGUCCAGAACAUACACCUACAUCUCAAGAUAAAUAACACUACACAGUACCUCACACUCGCACAGGACUCAUUUAAGCUGCAGUAUUUAAAUGCCAGGACAAAAGAACUAUCCACGUAACCAAUACUUGCUGAAGAGAGAGGCUCUCAGACUUGUUUCUGGAACAAAGUUGGCGUGCAGUUGAUCUCAGACAGGGUCUACUCAGCGUGGCUGACUGCUAAAGUGCUGCUAUAUCAGAAGAUGUCUUUUAUCUUUCAUGAACACUUAACAUUUUUAAACCUUCCCAUCCCUUUCUUCCCCCGUCCUGCGCUUCCUAUUCACUUCUCUUCCCUUUACCCUGUUUGGUUCCCCUCCAAAUCCAGUCACAGAUGUCCUAUGAAUAUAUUUAAGAUGUUGCCAGAA